AUAGUGUACUAUUAAAUCAAUUAUAUUUGAAGAGAUUAUGCUCCAAAGAUGUUUUCUGCUUGGACUGUUUGCAGUCCAGUCUAUUAGUCAAGAGCAUGGUGGAGAUGAGUUUAAGAACUGGCCUGAACGACCUGGAGCUUGGGUUCAACAAACAAGAGGAGAGGUUUGGCCUAAACCCAAGCUUCAAAAACAACAAUCUGACUUCUUUCUGCUUCGCAGCAGUGUUUUCAGAUUUGAGAUUGGUUCAAGCCACAUCCAUGGUCCGUGUGAUAUAAUCGAUUCAGCAAUAUCCAGAUAUUACAAACGAGUAUUCCCUCCUUCUGCUACUGAUAUUGUCAGCUAUUUAGAUUCUUCUAAUAAAAGGAAAAGACGGCGGGAUGCACGACGAGAGGUACGAACCGAUCCAUCCUACAGGGGAUAUCUAGACUCUGUGGAGAUAUUGAUGAAUAAUAAGGCAGGCUGUGAGAAACUACCGCAUUUAGAUAUGGAUGAACAUUACGAGGUUAAAAUAAACUCUCCGGAUGACCCUGGAAAGGCGAAGAUUAUUGCCUUUACAGUCUGGGGGAUACUCCGGGGGCUAGAAACAUUUAGUCAACUGGUGUAUCCUAGUAUGGAGUAUGGGGAUACUGUACAGUAUCUGGUAAAUGGAAGUCAAGUUAUGGAUUCUCCUCGCUUUUCUCACAGAGGAGUACUCAUAGAUACAUCUAGACACUACAUUGCUAAAUCAGUAAUCAAGGAUAAUCUUGAUUUGAUGGAGAUGAAUAAAUUCAACGUGUUCCACUGGCACAUCACAGAUGACCCUUCGUUUCCUUACGUUUCGAUCAAAUUUCCAGACCUUAGUAAAAAGGGUGCAUGGCACGAAACGAUCGCGGUUUACACUCAACAAGACGUGGCUGAUAUUAUUGAGUAUGCUCGGUUGAGAGGUAUCAGGGUAGUAAGCGAGUUCGAUACUCCUGGUCAUACUCAAUCCUUCGAAGCAGGCCAACCUGGACUUCUAGCAGAGUGUUAUGAUGAGUCAGGGGUAAAGACAGGGGGCUAUGGGCCAAUGAAUCCAACAAAAAAAAGAGUUUACGCUUUUAUUCAGGAGUUCUUCGAAGAAGUUACUCAGGUUUUUCCUGACAAAUACCUACACCUUGGUGGAGACGAGGUUGAUUUUAAGUGUUGGCGGAGUAAUCCUGAGAUAACUGAGUUUAUGAAUAAAUGGAACCUGACUGAUGACUAUACCAAGCUGGAGAGUAUAUACAUCAAGAAGCUUCUCGAUAUAGUCAGCUCUUUUCCAACCAAGAAUGGCUACAUAGUUUGGCAAGAAGUAUUUGACAAUGGAGUUCAAGUAAAAGAUGAUACGAUUAUAAACGUUUGGAAAGGACAGUGGGAGUGGGAGUUAUCUAGAGUAACUAAGGCUGGAUACAGAGUAAUUCUCUCUUCACCUUGGUACCUUAACUAUAUUAGUUAUGGAAGUGAUUGGACAAAGUACUACACUACAGAGCCAUUAGAUUUCUACGGAGAUGCUGAACAGAAGAGUUUAAUAGUUGGAGGAGAAGCUUCAAUGUGGGACGAGUUCGUAAACAGCAUUAAUCUUACACCAAGACUUUGGCCUCGGGCAUGUGCUGUGGCAGAAAGGCUGUGGUCCCCAGCUGAUGUGAGGGAUCUUGGAAAUGCAAAAUCAAGAAUUCAGGAAAUGGAAUGUAGAAUGCUGCAACGUGGAUAUCCUGUUCAACCAAUUAAUGGACCUGCUUUCUGUAAUAUAGAUUGGAAUGCAUAGUUUCAUAGUUGCAAUAACGUAUAAUACUAGAAAAUUCUAUUUGUA